GGUGGCUGUGAUACAGCGCAGAAAAAAACAAGCUCUCCACAGUCAGCAAAAAUCUUCAGGCUGAGAUGAGAGCGGUGAAAUGGUCUGAGUGACAGGCUCGAGACACUAGCGAUCAGGACGGAAAACUCUUCUGCACAUGGGAGAUUGCCGCUGAGGUGUUGGAUGGAUGAUGAGGAGGAGGACAUGUUGCGGCCCAUCUCUCAACUCCGGGGAACUCCCUUCGGGAACCUUAAAUUCGAGGAGCGAGCCACGCAGUUCUCCGCCGGACAGUCCGUUUCUGCCGUCACCUCGCAGAGUCACGACAACAACAACACGCUGCCCUGCGGCCCACGGAGACAGCCGCACGUGCCCUUCCACGGAAACGCUGGAUUACGCCCCCACUUUCCUGCGCAGUUUGAGCCUAUGGAGGACAGAGGAGAGAGGCAAGUCGAAGAGGCGGAGGAGGACGGCGAGAGAGGGCAGGACGACAGGAUGGAGCACCGGCGGCUGGGACAGGAGGGACUGAGCGUCGAGGCGCAAAUCGGCCGCAAACUCCGGGAGAUCGGGGACAAGUUCAACGAGGAUCACAUUGAGGUGUUCCUGAGGCAGCAGAGACAAAACCUCCCGGCGUGGAUGCGCCUCACCUUGGCUCUUUUCGGCGUUCUGUUCCCGGGUCAGCCGCCGGCCCCUCGUCUGCGGGCCGAGCAGAGAUGAAGGGACCCCGUGGAGGGUCCUGGCCGUGGCCCUUGUUCCCUCACACAGACUCAAGGGACCAGACUUAAAGAGAUGGCACUGUAAGAUGGAACACGGGUUAGGACUUUUUUUUUUUCCGGUUUAUUUAAAUGAAGAAAGCUAAGAAGACACUGGUCACCGCUGGACGGAGACUGAUGGAUUUUUUUUUUCUUCGGCUUUUGCUUUUUUUUUUUUUUUUUUGGUUGUUCUUCUUUGCCUGUCCAAAAAGAAGCCAUUGUGUUUGAAGAGAUAUUUUCUAAAUAUUUGUAAGAUGACCUAUUUUGUACAGUUUUGCUUUGCUAUGUGAAGGGCCUCCAUCAGUCCGGGGAAUGCCUUAUUCUUUCUCCCGCCGCAGCACCACUCUUCCCGGGAAGAGCUCCGGCCUCCUCCAUGUUUUUUUUUUUUUUUUGUUUGUUUUUGGGAGUCAAACUGUGGACAUUUCUGUGCUCAAGCCCCAUUUCUCCUCCACAAACUGUCCCUUUACCGCUCCAUGCAGAUGAAUUGGGAGAUGCCGGCGAGCGGCAGAUUUCACGCGCCGCUCCAGGCGGCGGCGGCGGUGGCGGCGCCCUGUCGCGGCCGCUCCUGCGGUUGAAGCUUGAACCUACUUGAAUCUAGAUGUUUAGACUCGACAUGGUUAUUGUUGACUCUUCUUCCAAUUCAUGUUGUUGCAGGACCGUGUGCUUUUUCGUGGACACAUGCAGUAAUUUGUAAGCCAAAUAAGCACAAACAAACGUCGAACAAGUCUCACUUGUGCGAUUACAGUCAGGGAACUGUAAACAAUCAGACAGUCGAGGGGAGUCAGGCGCCCGUCUGCCGCUCCUCGGGAGUUUGACAAUCACAUCUCUGCCCUUUGCUGCAUUGCCGAUCGCCUGUGAGAUUAGAAUCCGAUGUUCCGGUGAGCAAUAUCCACGCCAGCGAGGAGAAGAAACCCAGAAUCAGAUGCAUUUACAAUCAAAGUCGCGUUGAACACACCACUUUUGUCGAAGGUACAGAUGCAUUUUUAUUUGAUUUCCCUCCCGCUGUACCGCGGUUCCGUGGCCGAACUGCUUUGUACAGUCCACUCUCUAUCGCAGACACACUGUGGCAGACCUUUCUACACCGAACCGAGCCGCUCCACGGCAGCCACUAUUUUCUGACUAAUUCUGUGGGCGAUUCAGGAAAGGGACCUCUUGAAGACACUGAUGGUUUUUUUAAAAAUUUUAUUUUUCUUCCGGGAGUAGUCGUCAACAUGGCGCAGUGUGGGUGCGUUGGGUCGAACCGCAACAAGCAAAAUCAUCGAAAACCAAAAGUUUGUUUCCUGCAAACGUCGAACGCUGAGCCAACUCACGACGUCCGGUCAUGUUUGAUGAACUACUUAUCGAGAACAAGUUUCCUUUCAGAUUAUUUAUUCUUAUUUAUUUUGUGUAUAUUUGCUCAGUGCUACUGUAUAGAUCUGUACAGUCUCUGUCUUCUCAUGGUGGCUGUGCAUUCAGUUGGGCGCCCCGCGUGGCCAGACGUUGGAGUGAAGCCAUGUGCCGAACGACGGACAAUCCCGUGUACGAAAUGUGCCUUGUGAGAAACAGACCUGUCGUCCACACAUGGCAUAUUGACCCUCCUGAGUUUGACACCUUCGUCCACACGACUGCCUUCCAGUGUCAAUAGAGCAUUUUCAGGGAGAUUUUGUUUGUAACGUUGACACUUGAAACCUUUCUAGUUUCGCCUGACUACUAAUUAAACUAGCAAUACAGCGUUGACCGCUCGGGAAGAACGGUCGGGAAACAGCUGCUAGCGUAAUGUAUCACAUUUUCGAGCUAUGAAAGGAAAGGGCGGUCGUGUGGACGCGGCCUCCCGACGCUCAAUUGUCUCCAUACUAUCGUAUCAUUUCCCCUCACGAGGCACAGGCUCUGACAUCUCAACACCAAGGGCGAGUUUCACCUUUUGAAUAUCCAAAAACGACUGUUUGCGAUCCAUGUGCACUGUAAAAACCUUUUUGUUUUUUUGUUUUUUUUUAAAACUUUGUAUGCUGUAUUUUCGCGCCUCUCUCUUUCUACUCCUGCGCUGAACUUCCCCUUUAGAUUCUCUUACCAAUAUGCUGGAAUCGUCCUGGCUAGAAGGUGGUCGACUAUCUCUGGCAGGGCUGUGGGUUUACAUGUGAAGGAGGAAUGAGACACCGUGGUGCCCAGUAUUAUUUCUACCAGGAGGCUGCCGCCUCCUUUGUUCAACCUUCAGUGUCUUUAAUAUCAAAAUUUCUUUUUUUUUUAAAGAGUGCUUCUUUACUGUCAAGUGCUGUGAUUUGGUGUUUUUGAUACAUACAAUGAAUUUGACAAGCUGUUAUUGGUACCUUUAUAAGAAAAUUGUUUUGUAAGACGACAAAAAGUUUUUAUAUUUUUUUUUCUACGAUGGCUGUUUUUCCAAUUCUGGUGUCGUUUCAUUGGAAACUAAACUUGAUAAAGCCUGCUGUGUCGCUCUCAGUUAAAGGGCUUUUUUUCCCCCCCACAAUUUUUUGUAAAUGGAGUAAAAAUGCAUGGCCAACAUUCCUGGAUCUGUAUCUUAAAGCUUUGAAUGUAAUUUAAAGGAGGAAGAAAAAAAAGAAGAAAAAGAAAGGAACCACAAUGUCGACAUGAACUGAACACAGUGCUUUUUCUUUACGUUCAGAGUGGUCUCAAGGAUUUCACACUCCCAUGAAGUGAGGCCCAGUCCAGAUGUAGCAGUUUUUCAUUUGUUUGUGUUCAUCUUUGGGACACGGCGGGACGGAGGGAACCCAGGAUGUUUGUUCUUUUUCUAGUGCAAUAUGCUGUACAUAAGAGCUUGGCUCUCAAAAACCUUACAAUCUCUUAAUUUACUUUUCUUGUUAAAUGGGUACUUUGUUGGUUUUGUUUUUCAAUAAAAAUUU